AUGAGCACUCCCGCGAAAAACAGGCCAGGAGGGCCAGCCCUGUUGGGACCCGUCACCCCAGAGCGAGAGGAUGCGCACAGCGUUGCCAAGGCCAGCGGCGGCAGGCAGCGCUCGGCAGCGGCGGCGGCGGCGGCGGCGGCGGCGGCGGCGGCGGCAGAAGAGCAGCCGCAGCAGUGUGAUCCGCUCGACAUUAAGCGCACGCCGUGGGGUGCGCACUGCCAGCAGCUGCAACGGGUCUGCGUGGACCAGUUGGUGCUGAUCCUGUAUGAUGAGCGCUACCAGGAGCUGGGGGGACGCAAGGCGGCGCCGUUGCCCACCAUCCGCGUGGACAAGUCCAAAAUCUACAACUACCCCUGGCGGCAAGCCGGCACUGGAGCAGCAGCAGCAGCAGCAGAGGAAGAGGCCAACGAUAUGUCGGAAGGCGAGGGCGAUGAUGAUGAUGGUGAUGGUCGUGAGGAGGUGGAGGAGGGCAAGGAGGAGGCCGUCGGCAGCGAAGAUGCCGAUGCCCUGGGUUCCACUGGCAGCGCGCAGCAGAUGCGUCGGCGGCUGCAGCAGCUUGCCAGGCAGCCUCGCAGGCUGACCUAUGAAGUACAGAGCCCCGCCAAGACGCGGCGCCGGCAUGAGCCGCUGAGCAUGCGCCCAGCCACGUCGCGGGAGCCCGUGCCCUACCUCGCCGCCCCCGCCUUCUCCAACUGCACCGUGCCCAUCGUGGUCUACCCCAUCUUUGCCUCCAACUUUGUGCACGUGUUCCACGACCUGGCCUCCUACCUGCACGCCUUGCUGCGCCGCACCCCCUGGCGCCGCCACGCCAAGCUGGUGACGGUGACGCCCGAGGGGCUGGGCAUGACGGCGCCAGAGGCGGCGCUGCUGCCGCCGCUCACCGAGCUGUCAGUGCAGACAUGGGCCGACUUUAGCCGGCGCCUGCCGCACGACUACGACCCCUUGGCCCAGGGGUGGGACGGCCUGCUGCCACGGCCCAGCUUCGAGGGCUCUGAGCAGCGCUGCUUCCAGCACAUGUUUGUGUGUGGCCGGCGGUUCAAGGCGAUGCGGGCGCUGGAGGAGCAGCUGCCGCUGGGCGAGGCAGCGGCGCGGCAGGCGCUGAUGCGGGCCAUUCCCAGAGAGAACUAUGCCUAUGGGCAGAUGCUGGUAGAGCACGUGCAGCAGCAGCAGCAGCAGAUGGGCAGCAACGGUGCUGGCCAGCCGAGCACGGCAGCAGGGCGAGGCGGGCGGCGGCUGAGGGUGGCGUUCAUGAAGCGGGGCGGCCAGGGGCGGCAGCUGCUGAACGCGAGGGAGCUGCUGCAGCGGUGCAACAAGUGGCGGCACAAGCCGCCCGGCGGCGGCGCCACCAUCACCGCCGAGUGUCGCGAGGUGGAGCUGCCGAGUCUGGAGGCGGGCGUGGUGGCGGCGCAGGAUGCCGACGUGUUCAUCGGCAUGCACGGCGCCAACAUGGCCAACUCCUGGCUCAUGCGGCCUGGCAGCAGCGCCAUUGAGAUCAGCCCCUACGAGUUUGGCCUCAUGCCUGGCUCCUUUGGGCUCAGCAAAGCCAAUGCCCAGGACCCCUCCUCCCAGCUGCUCUGGUGGCUGGCGGUGGUGUGCGACCCCGCCAUCUCUCAGCCCGGCCAAGCCGAGGUGGCGGGCACCGGCAAGCCGCCGUGGUGGCCACGCGACCGCAGCUCGCGGGUGCCCUGGCAGGCGCUGGAGGCGAUACUGGCAGAGAUUGCGGCUGUGGGCGGCGACCGGCAGCGCUACCUGGACGACUACUACACCCGCUGGCUGCACCGCUUCAAUGUGGGCGCGGCGGGGGUGGUGUCGCGCGGAGUGGGACGCGAUGGCGAGCACAGCGGCUGCCCCGCGCCGGAUGGCCAGGCCUGA